CUGGCUGACAUUGCGACUGAAGAAUUUAAAAAGUGAAUGAAAGUGAUACGUGAGUGCAAAACGUAAUUUCCAGUGAAUUCGUUUUAUCCAUACGAUAGUAUUAAAAUUUAACAUUACAGAAAACUCUUUUGUGAAUGGAUUGUGGUUUGUGACACCCUAAAAAGCCAGUGAACGCGAUGAUUAUUGAAAAUCCAGACGCUUUCAAAAGCUGGUUGACGUCCAUAUUGGAACCUCUAUGCGAUGCUGACCCGGCCGCGCUCGCCAAAUACGUUUACGCUCUGGUCAAGAAGGACAAGCCUCUCGAGGAGCUGCGAGAUGGCAUGGUCGACCAGCUUGACGUGUUUCUGCAACAUGAAACCAAACCGUUCGUGGACAUGCUGUUCAAAUCUCUGGAGACGCACGAGUACCUCUUGCCGACCGAGAAGCGGCCGUCGCCGCCGCCCGCGCCAGCGCCCGAGCCAGCUGCGGAGCCCGAGCACAACACGGCCGAGGUGCCUCUACCGCCGGCCGUGACGACCAACGGGGCGGAGUCCCCUCUCGCCGCCGCGCCCGCGCCGGCCGCGGAGCCCCGGCCUCCGAGACACCGCGUGGUGGUCUCGCGGACCGCGGCGAAGCCCGCCCCAGCGCCGGCGGUGCCUAGGGCGCCGCCCACGGAACAGACUCUUGUCAAGGUUUUGCCCCUGACAGAAUUACUGGAAGAACCAGUGGACCACGCGCCAAGGAGACGAGACCGGAGGGCCGACUCGUUGCGCGACAAAGAGGAGCGUCGCCGUCGCCGGUCGCGCUCGUGGGAGCGCCGCGCGCGCGCCAGAAGACAUCCCCGGGACAUUCACAAUGACGACAGAAGACGGCCGGUGUCCCGAUCACCUUCUCCGCGAGGUCGCUACCGAAACCGAAGCCCGCCGCCUUCGAUUCUCGACAGGGUCGGCAGCCGGUCCAGAUCAAGGUCACCAGUACCAGUGCGGGAAAGAGACCACGAGAGAGAGCGGGAAAGACUGCGCGUCCCACGCGAGUUGGAGCGGGACAGGAUAUCGCGCGACAGGGAGCAUAGGGACAGGCUGUCCCGCUCUAGAGACAGGGACAGGUCACGGGACAGAUCGCGCGACCGCUCCGUGUCCCCGCGGGACGCGCGGGACAGACUGGACCACAAUGACCUGUACAAACGACGAUGCAAAGAUUUUGACGAAAAGGGUUACUGCAUGCGAGGCGAUCUGUGUCAGUGGGACCACGGCGCCGACCCUCUAGUAUUAGAAGACGCGGCCCUCACGCGAGUGCUCACUGUACCGCCUUCUGUGCCUGAAUACAACCCGCUGACGCCGGACAUCUGGAUGGGCGGCGGCUUCGCGCCCUACCCGCACCACCCGCCGCACCCGCCGCACCCGCCCCGCGAGCUCAUACCCAUACCCAGUUUCGCGCCUAGGCUGCGUCACGAGGCGCCGCCGCGACACCCGCCUCCUCACAAGAAGCAGUUCGACUACAACCGGCUGGGAGCGCCCCGACCGCCCUUACCCGCGAACGCAGCCAACUGUUCCCUUGAAGUGAAGAAGGUGCCGCGGGGUCUCAACGAGAUAACGCAUCUUAACAACCACUUCUGCAAGUUUGGCAAGAUCGUUAACAUACAGGUGUGCUUCGAAGGUGACCCUGAGGCGGCUCUCAUUACGUUCUCCACUCCUACAGAAGCCAACGUCGCUUUCAAGAGUACCGAGGCGGUUCUCAACAACCGAUUCAUCAAGGUCUUCUGGCAUAAGCCUGAGAAUAAGCAAGAAAACACAGCACCAGUGGGUCAACAGGCAGCCAAGCCUGCGGAACGUCAGAACAAUCAGCACCCGAUGUCGCACAACAAGGUGUUGAUCAACCGCGACAACAUUAAAGCGACGGCUGACAUCAAACAGGCGAAUGCUGAGAAGCAAGCAAAAGAAGCCACCAACGGCACAACAGAACCGAAGAAAGAGGUGGUGAUGAAGCCAGUUGACAAGAGCAAACAGGUGAUGGAGAUGAUGAAGCGCGCCCAGGCGCUGCUUGAGAAGCAAUUGCAGCAACAGCUGUUGUUGAUCGAGAAACUCGAGUCGGGCAACAUCAGCGAUUCCCAGAAGGCUGCACUAAUGGAGGCGAUCAACUCCGCCCAAGAGGGCAUCGAGAAGCUCAGAAACGAACUGUUUGCGUACAACGGAACCCUCAGACAGAUGCAGGCGGAUACAGUCGCCCGGUCGAUGUCGCGUCUACAGCUACAGGCAAACGCCAAGAAACCUAAGACAAGGCAGGAAGCGGAGAAAGAGAUUUUGGACGCCGAAUUGGACAUGUUUACUAAGCAACAGGAGGGGCAAGAUGUGACAGAGCUGGCCAAGAAAGUUGCGGACUUGAGGCGGCAGAUGGCGAUACAGUUUCCCCCGCAUCCUGGGAUGAGGAGACCACAUUCCAGGGGCGGGCGAUUCAACACUGCUUCCCGUUUCGUGCGCGGCGCAGGCAAGGCUUUCAGCGCUAACCAAUCUGUGGACCACAGACCAAGAGCGCUGCUGAUAUCCGGAUUUGAAGCAGACGAGCAGAGCGCAGUUAUACAGCACUUUAUGCAAUACGGCGAGGUAGUCAGCAAAGAAGUGAAUCUAGCGGUUCCCGAGCUGGUCAUACAGUAUAAAGCGAGAGCACACGCCGAGCUCGCAGCCGCCGCUGGCAAACAUUACAACGACCGGACGCUGUCGAUAACGUGGGUGGCCAACACGAAGGCGUAUCUUGGCGGCAUGGCGGAGACCAGACCUGCGGUUAACGGAGAGGCCAGCGAGGAGAAUAAGGAGCCCGAGACAUCUCAAGAAAUAACCGAGGACACGUUACUGCGGUUCGACGAGGAGGAAGAGGACGAUGCGGAAGAAGAUAGAUCCUGGAGACGUUGACGACCCGCGGGACGCUAGCUGCGACACGACCCCGAAACGACCUCGAAACGAUCUCGAAGCGAUCUCGAAACGAUGUCGGAACGAUCUCGAAGCGAUGUCGGAACGAUCUCGAAACGAUGUCGGAACGAUCUCGAAACGAUGUCGGAACGAUCUCGAAACGAUGUCGGAACGAUCUCGAAGCGAUGUCGGAACGAUCUCGAAGCGAUAUCGAAACGAUAUUGCAGCGAUGUCGUUGCGAGAUUGUAACGAUAGUCGAUAUCGGUCGCUGUAGGAUUGUUAGUGUAGUGUCGGUCGUGUAUAAGGCUAGCGAUUGUUAGAUAUAAAAGGGCUGAAGUGAAAUGUGAAUGUUUUUAGUGUAUUUUACAGCGUUAUAAAUUAAAACAAUGUUGCCUUGCUUGCUAGUUCAUAAACAUAUUAAUAUACAAAAAAAAACUAUUAGACUUGACCUUUCUGAAAAACUGUUUAUUUCUUACUAAAAUCAUAAUAUUUCAUUUCAUUAUAACUUUAUUUAAUGGUUUCCGUUCGUUAAUAUACGAAAAUAUUUCAUAAUCUCACUUCAGUACUUCGAAUAUAAAAAAUAUGAUGUCAAUCGAGAAUUUGUAUCUGUACUAAAAAUGCCAAUAUUCGUGUAUCGUUUUUAAUAUUAUUUAAAGAAAAUUAUAAUAAGGAAAUAAUAUUUAAUAAUUUAUCGAAAAUAUGGUUUUCACUAAAAAAAAUCGAUUGCCUCAGUUGAGACUCGAACGCACGUACUUUCGCUUGCGGCCUACUCUAACCACUAAGCUAUGGUGACCAUAAUUAUAAUCAUAUCCUAAAAAUAAGUUAUUAUAAGAAUAAUAAUAAUAGAUAUUAUUUCUCGAUUGGUAUUUUAUUAUUUUAAACAAACUUAUUGUUCAAACUUGUUACAUUAUUGGAGAAAUAUAGUGAAAGAGCUUUAGAUUUAGGUAUUCGUACGCCACAGAGUUGCGACACGACUAAUUUAUCACCAAAGUUAAGAAAAGUUUGAAAAACUUGCAUAUUUUGCGCAAUAAAAAAGUCGUCGGUCGCAACUCUAGCGUGCACAACCAAACGCAUUCUUCGCUUAUGAGAUUUACAUAUAAAAAUCGGCAAUAAUAUACAAUUCGGUAGUCGGUACAACAUAGAUGCGUUUAGUCGCAGUAUAGAAAUAGUUGUGAAUUUAAGAAAGGAGUCGUACGAUUUAGGAAUUUAAUUUGAUUCUACGAUCAUUGACAAGUUUUUUAAAUUGAAUUUAUUACGAUGUCUAUAAUAUACUGGGUAUUUUU